UAAAUUCCCUCAGACGUGCAGGAUUCAAAUAUGACCUGUUAGUCAUAUCAACCCCCCUUUAUUGAACUACUGAUUUCUGGCUGGUGCCAAUAGCUUCAUUACCAUUUUAACCUUCUCUGCUGUCAACCACCAACCUACUGGAUGAUGACCAGCUUUCUGGUUUUAGGCAGAGUAAGUUACGUUUAAUAGAUACCGUUUCAUGAUUCUGGAUACUGUCAGUUGAUCUGUAAAAGGAGAAGUCCAAGCAAAAAUAAUAGCUUAACUGGUAUUUAAAUUUCACAUACAAAGUACUCAAUUUUCGGUUCGAUGUUAACUUUUGGAAGUAUGUUUGGUGCAAUUGCAAGUGGAAAGCUAGCAGAUCUGGUGGGCAGGAAACCUACAAUGUUGUUGAUGGACAUAUUCUUCAUCAUUGGGUGGUCGGCCAUUAUCUUUGCAGAGGGUGCUUGGUACCUUCACCUUGGAAGAUUGUCACUGGGAUUUGGAUCUGGAAUUCAGAGUUACUUGACACCAGUAUAUGUUGCUGAAAUCACGCCAAAAAAUAUCCGGGGAGCAUUUUCUGCAGCACAUCAGAUAUUAGUAUGUGUCGGUGUUUCUCUGACGUUUUUCCUCGGAAAUGUCAUUGCAUGGCAAACCUUGGCUGUAAUAGGAGCUUUACCUUGUCUCCUACAUGUGUUCGGGUUAUUUUUCAUACAAGAGUCACCUAGAUGGUUGGCAAAAAUUGGUAAAGAAAAACAGUUCAUUGAUACUUUACAAUGCCUAAGGGGUGUAAAUGCUGAUGUUACUAAAGAAGCAGCUGAAAUACAAGAAUCAAUAGAAACAUUCAGUCGGCUCUCAAGAUCCAGAUUCAUGGAGAUGUUUGAGAAAAAAUACGCCCUUGCACUCACUGUAGUAGUCGGUACACUGGUUAUAGUAACACUCGGUGGCAGCAUGGGAAUUGUGUUUUAUGCAAGUUCAAUUUUCAAAGUAGCUGGUUCUCCAAUCAGCUUUGGUACCACCGCAAUUGCUAUUAUCCAGGUUCCAGUAUCUGCUUUGGGUGUACUCAUACUUGAUAGAUCAGGAAGGCGUCCAGUUCUAAUGGCUUCUUUGAUCGGGGCAGGCUUUGGUAGCUUUCUUGUUGGAUCAGCAUUCGUCUUGCAGGAUCUUAAUCAAUUGAAGGAGCUCACACCCGCAUUAGUGCUCAUAGGCGUUAUGAUAAAUCUUUCAUCCUUUGCAAUGGCGGCUGCUAUACCAUGGGUUAUCAUGUCUGAGCUACUUCCGAUUAACAUUAAGGGUUCUGCUGGAAGUCUUGCGACAUUUAUAUACAUGUUCGUUUCUUGGAUUGUCUCCUACGCCUUCAACUUCUUACUAGAAUGGAGUCCUUCAGGAACAUUCUUCAUAUUUGCAACUUUUAGCGGGUUGGCGAUUCUAUUUGUUGCAAAGCUGGUUCCAGAAACGAAAGGAAGAACACUGGAAGAGAUCGAAGCAUCAAUUCUCAUUUAGUCAUAAUAAGCAUAAACAAGAAAAUUGAUAAUUUUUUGUUUCCCAUCAGUUUUAUUGAUGUUUAUAUCAUUAUUUGUACAGGAUUGCUUGUUUAUAAGUGUAUUUACUACUAUUCAGCUAUAAAAUUUACUCAUUCCACAGAAGUCUUGUGCAACACCAAUUGGAAGGCUGUUUUAAACUGCA